AUUUGUAUAUAAAAUGCAUAAAGUAUUUCUUGUUGAUACAGCUACAGGACCUCGCCUAGAAAGACGUACUGCACUAGGGACAAGCCGAGGCAUGGCUACUACCACACCAGACCUGCGCUUGCGUGCUCCAGUUAGGAAAGGACAGGACUCCAAGCCAACCUCCAAUGGACACAGUCAAGAACUCAGUCAAGAGAAGAUUGAUGGAAUAGACCCCUUCACCUAUUACCCGCCCUUCACUGCCUGCCAGAAACUAAUAACAUUCUUCAAUCUUCUGUGGCUGGCUCCCAUUCGGUUUGUGCUGUUUGUAGCUCCGUCUGUCAUCCUGGGCAGUGUGAUGUGCCUCCUCGGGCUGGUGGGAGAUCACUACGAUAUCAAUGAUCCUAAACCACUCAGCAAGUGGGGAAGCUUUGUCCACCAGCGUAUCAACCCAUUCAUAGCACGUUGGUUCUUGCUCGGGUUUGGCUUCAACUGGAUUAGUGUGAGUGGUGCUCCCGCCCCCUCCACUGAGGCUCCUAUAUUCGUGGUCGCCCCUCACACUUCAAUGCUGGAUGUGUUUGUACUCAUGAUAUUCGGUGUGCCUACAUUCGUGGCUCGAGGGGAGAGUCAACAUGUACCCUUCUUUGGAACAAUAAUCAAGAAGUCAGUGCGGGCUAUCUUUGUGUAUCGUGAAGACCCUGAGUCUCGAGCUAAGUCUGCUGUAGAGCUCCAGAGACGGGUCAAUGAUAAAAGGCUCUGGCCUAACGUCCUGAUAUGUCCCGAGGGUACCACAACCAACAAGAAGGUCAUGCUCAAGUUCAAGCUAGGAGCUUUCCUGCCUAAACUUCCUGUGCAACCUAUCCUCAUCAACUUCAAGAACAAGCUGGACACUACCUCGUGGGGUGGAGAUGGCAUUGACUGGUUUGGCACUUUAUUGUUCACUGGGUGUCAGUUUCACAACCCUCUGGAAAUAGAGUUCCUGCCUGUGUACUGCCCCUCUCAAGCAGAGAAGGAUGACUGCAGACUCUAUGCUGAUAACGUGCAGCGUGUCAUGUCCAGACGUGUACAGCUCCCCAUUGGCAACCAAGCAGUGGAGGACCUGAUGUUAAUGAGACAUGCCAAGAGUGCUGGCCUCCCAUUCUCUAAAGGGAUGGUGGUGUAUUUCACUGCUAAUCAGAAAACAGGCCUCAAAUUAAAGGAAAUGAAACGUUAUCUCACCAGAUUUGCAGUCAUAGAUCGUGAUAAAGACGGCUACAUCACUGCCAAUGAUCUAGCUACUUUCCUAAAAGUCCCCAAAGAUGCUUGUCUCCAAGCAGUGUUUGAUAAUUGUAAAAAGACUGCUGCAGGUGGCAGGGUGAUGUUUGUGGACUACCUGUGUGGUCUGAUCAAAGUGUCCAGUGACCUCUUGGGUAAUCAGCAGUUCCUCCAGGAAAUGUUCACUGUGAGAGAUUUUUUCGACUCCAAUGACGAUGGUCGAGUGUCACUGGAUGACGUGACUAGAGCUCUCUCCACACAAACCCUGCCUGAAGCAAAUGGCACACCACCAAAUAUGGACAUUGAUGACUUCAAGAUCUUUCUGUGUGCACGUCCUGAAUAUGUUGUAUUGUUCCAUGAGCAUCAGAAUGUUAGGAAGUCUCCAGUCCAUUCCAACGGACGAGUGCCUAUACAGAACGGGAAUAAUGUGAAUGGAAGUUAUUUGUCAAACUCUAAGCAGACUGUUUCUACCCUCCUCCCGAACAAUGUUACCCCAGUUGUAGUCUCAUCAUAAGUUGUAUUCCAUAUAAAUAUACAAGUGUUGUUUAAUCCAUGUAUGCAUGCUAUGUGUUUUAUAUUAAACUUUCCCAUAAAUAAAAA